UUUUGUUGCAACACUUCACUUCACUUAACAAUAAAGAAAAAUAAAGACAAUACUACUAGGUUAGGUGUACUGUAAUCUAACCUUAUAGCAACUGUUUUUUACCUCUUCCUCUCUCCUUCUCGUGAUUUUCUCUCUCCUCUCUCUCUCUCUCUCUCUAACUUCAAACCCUAAGAAUACCCUUUUGAAUUUUCCAUUUCCAUAUCCAUAUUUUGAGUUUCUUACUCUCUCUCACAGUGCCUUUGGAUUUUGUUUCAGGUUUGAAUGCUUCAUUGCUUCAUUUUGUAAUGUUCUUUGGAGUUUUGAGAUAAAGCUAAGUUGUUGGAUAUGAAUACAUCUAGUUAUACAUGUGAGAUAGUGGAAUCAAGGGAAGAGAUAUUACCCGAGUUCGAAAUCGACGAAAAACCCGAGAGUAGUUGUUCCUAUAGAUUAGGAAAACGGUACUCGAUUGAGGAUGAUAUCGAUCGUCUUUUCCAGGCGAUUGAGAUUAAUAAAGGUUGUUCGUCGAGAGGUCAUAGUAUGUCACGGUCGCAAAAGAGCGCUCUUAAACGACCGAUUAAAGUUUGUUCGUCUCCGGCGUCGGGAAUUGGCAUUGCGGAGCGUGUUAGUUUGAAGCAGGCGCUUAGAGGAUUGUGUAUCUCGCAAGCAUCGGAAAUGGCUGCUUUGAAGAGACUAUCGAAGCAAUGUGGCUCGUCGAGAGUAUCUGAGGUUGGCACCGGGAAAAAGUUGGUCGAAAUCUCCCUCGUGCCGGAGGUAUCAAGCUCGAAAGAAAUGACAACUAGGUUUGUGUCCCGAGAUCAGAUUGUUCCACUUCCGCUUGAAGUUGAAGCUGACAACAAGCCGAAGAUACAAACCGAGGAAGUGCUAGAGGUCAUACCGAAUCAAGCUACCGAGUGUAAAUUUCGUCUCGGCUCUAGCAAUGAAAGUUCUGUGGACAAACCCUCGAGUAUUAGUACAUGUUUGGCAAAGUCGAAAUUCAAUAACAUGAACUUCUUGAAGAAAAAGGUAAAGAAAGAUCUAUGUUCUGCAUCGAGCUGCUCUACGAGUAGAUUCGACAAGAAGAAUGGAAAUUCCGAUCUUAACCGGGAAGUGAAAGAAAACGAUGAAAAACUAUCUCCCUGCAGUUCAAAUCAUAGCAUUGAAGUUAACUCGGUCAAUGUUAAUAGAGAUUUUUCAGAUAGCAAACGCGGCUUCGGUUUGAAUUGCAAUAAGAAAACUAAGUUCCUUCUUACAAAAGUUGACGAGAAAUCAAGAUCGAAGGAAAAGGGCGAGUUCUCUCAUAGCUCAAAAAGUAGCAUUGGGGAGCAUAGCACUAGUAGUACAAGCAUCAGUGAGGAGAGUAAUCUAAGCAGUUCGCGUCGCAGCGGCCAACGACCGCACAUGUCAAAACACUCGAGAUGGGAAGCUAUUCGUGCGGUUCAACAGCAGCAUGGUGGUAAUUUGAAUUUAAAGAAUUUCAGGCUGAUAAGGAAGCUUGGUAGUGGAGACAUCGGAACCGUUUAUCUUGCGGAACUAAUCGGUACUAGUUGCCUUUUUGCACUGAAAGUUAUGGACAAUGAAUUUUUGGCAAGCAGGAAGAAAACAUUUAGGGUUCAAACCGAAAGAGAGAUCCUUCAAAUGUUGGAUCAUCCGUUUCUUCCGACACUUUAUUCUCAUAUUAGUACAUAUAAGCUCUCUUGCUUGGUCAUGGACUAUUGUCCGGGCGGUGAUCUGCACGUGCUGCGACAGAAGCAAACGUACAAGAGCUUUUCGGAGCAUGCAACAAGGUUUUAUGUUGCUGAAGUUCUUCUUGCGCUCGAGUAUUUGCACAUGAUGGGAGUUGUUUAUCGAGAUCUAAAGCCGGAAAACAUCCUAGUACGCGAAGAUGGACAUAUAAUGCUGACAGAUUUCGACUUGUCACUCAGAUGUUCUGUCAAUGCAAUGAUAGUAAAAUCAUCUUCACCCGACGCAGAUGCGGCAAAGAAGUUCUCCGGUUCUUGUUCAGGAACCAGCUGCAUACACCCUUUCUGUCUUCAGCCAGAUUGGCAAGUUUCCUGCUUUACUCCUAAUCUUUUGUCUCCGGGAGCGAAAUCUCGAAAGAUGAAGGCUGACAUACAUGCUCAAGUCGGUCCACUGCCGCAACUUGUGGUCGAGCCAACUACUGCACGGUCCAACUCCUUCGUUGGAACGUAUGAGUAUCUUGCUCCGGAGAUCAUCAAAAGCGAGGGCCAUGGAAACGCUGUAGAUUGGUGGACUUUCGGUAUACUUUUGUUCGAGCUUUUAUACGGAAAAACUCCCUUCAAAGGUCCAACAAACGACGAUACAUUAUCCAAUAUCGUGUCGCAGAACCUUACGUUUCCAGGUACUCCUAUAGUCAGUUUUCAUGCAAGAGACUUGAUCAGAGGAUUGUUGAUGAAGGAUCCGGAAAAUCGAUUAGGUUCUGUAAAAGGUGCUGCGGAGAUAAAACAGCAUCCUUUCUUCGACGGCCUCAACUGGGCACUAAUACGGUGCGCCGCGCCACCUGAGCUCCCGAACUUUCACGAUUUCGGUGCUUCGCCUAUGGAUGGUCAUAAGGAAAAUGCAAAUGAUUUAGAGGAUAUAGAUGAUUGUGAAGAGUUUGAGCUGUUUUAGUAAAACUUUUCUUGAGAAUUAAGUUGAAACUGACUUGGUUUCACAACCAGUUCUUAAUAUAUAGCUUAUAGCAUAAAUGUAAUUUAAACAGUGUAACAUAUAGAUAAAUUAGUUUGUGUUAAUACAUAAUUAAAAUUUAUAACUUUGCAAAUGGAUUAAGGAAUCAUAAUUAGAGUUUGUGUUUUCAAGUGCAAUUUGGGUUCAAUUGUGAUGAAACCCCUAAUGAACCUUAUUUCAAAAAAGUAUUACUAUUUCAUUUUAGACUAGUGAUUUAACUCAAAUAGCACAAUUAUAAUUUAUUUUUUUU